AUGCGGCUGCUGAUUGCCUUCGCCUUUAUCUCCGCCGCUUGCGGCGGCUGGAUCGAGGAUGAGGCUCUGCGCCUUCGCACCAGCGGGAGAGUCGCUGCCAAGCCUCGGCGUUUGACUGUGAACUUGGACGCAGAACCGAAAUCGAGGUGGAGCUUUCUGGCGAAGGAGCCUGGCUUCGAAGAUUACCGGUCCAAGGCUACAGGCUACCUGGAGAAGUACAUCCCGGCGAGUCUGCUUCCCAUCGUGAACCGCAUCGCCGAGAGCCUGGAAUCCGCGUACUACGAGGACUACGCCCACGAGAUGCAGGGACUUGCUGCUGCCCUGAACCUCUCCGUCGGGGAGAUCGCCGCCCGGCGGCGCGGGAGCGCUGUUCAGCUCAACGCGCGGGAUCGGGGUGGCAGCGUCAUCGAGAAUCUCCUGGAGGAGAUACUUCUUGGUGGCAAGACUCCGACACAUGUCAUGCGCAAGGCCAUGGAGACUGCAAAGGACUUCGACCACUUCGAGCUCUUCCUGCUGUCAGAGCGCUUGGCGAACCCUGCCUACUUCAUCGUUGCGGGUGCGCAGCAUGGUCAGGGUGGCAUCCUCACCCGCUCUCGCCACGGCGGCCACGCCUGGCGCCUUGGGGAACCGCAGGCCAUGGACCCGCACGGCCUCAACCCGCAGCCAGACUGGUUCCGCCUGCAGACCAACUACGACCCUUGGACAGCCGUCCCGGCCUACGACAACCGACGCCAGCCGGCCGUGGCCAACGCGGCGGACUUCUGCAGCAAGGGUGUGGAUGAGGAGUGCAUGAACAAGGUCAUGACCGCGUGGCCCACCAAGAACCACCACACGGACAUCACGUCGGUGAUGUGCCCACGCACAGGCUUCAUGAGCACCGCGGUCUGGCAACAUGCACCCGCGCCUGAGACGAUGGUGGUUUAG